UCUCAGGGGGAAGGCCCUCCCCCAGCUCAGGUACCUCAAAUGCCCUCUAACCUAAAGCUGCUCUGAACCGUCAGAUGCCCUUGCUUUCCAUUUCCUCCCCAAUUUUAACAGCAGUUUAAAGAAGAAAAGUAAGCUUCUUUGGGCAGUGAGAGGCUAAGGUGAAGGGAAUGACACCCACCUUGGGCUAGGAUGGGGCCUGGGGUGAGUGAGUGAGGAGUAGGGGGCCUCAUUUCCGGUCCUCCUCCCCCUGCUUUAAACCUCAAAUUCCCUUCGCCCUGCCCUGCCACCCCCCUACCCGACAGAGUCGCUCUGUCACCCAGGCUGGAGUGUACUGGCUUCAUCUUGACUCACUGCAGCCUCCACCUCCCAGGUUCAAACAGUUCUCCUGCCUCAGCCUCCCAAGUAGCUAGGAUUACAGGCACACACACCAUGCCUGGAUAAUUUUCGUAUUUUUAGUAGAGACGGGAUUUCACCAUGUUGGCCAGGCUGGUCUCGAACUUCUGACCUUGUGAUCUGCCUGCCUCUGCCUCCCAAAGUGCUGGGACUAAAGGCGUGAGCCACCGCUGAGCCAAGUUCCCUUUUUUGUUUGUUUGUUUGUUUGUUUUAACGCUGGUUAUCAGUUUCCUUUGCUUCCGGAUGCCUUCUGCACCUUGCUCUCGGGGCAUCCUCAAUGCCCAUCUGCAGCUUAGCCCACAGGCCCGUCCUGGGCAGGAUGCUGGGGCCUCACUGUGCCCAGUGGCAGUGAGCCCUGCUCAUGGUGCCCCCCGGUCUUCCUGUUUCUUGCAUCAAGCAGCCCCUUUGGAGAAUCGGACAGGUGUGGAAGCUUUCCCGAGAGGCAGCCACUUUAGAGGGUCUGACACUCCCCACUGGAGAGUCGGCCCACAGUGCAGGCAAAACGCAGAUUUUCCUCUAGAGAGAACAGAAGGCUGGAGAGGAGACACGGAGCCGGUGCGUGGAGCCUGCCAGCCUGGGAAACAGCUGGGCGCUGGGGAAGCUGCAGCCUCCCUGCUCCCCUGCCAGGCAUCGGGCGGGAGCUGUUCUGUUCCCUGUCAAGCGCGUGGGCCGCCAGUGCUAUUCCUGCCACAGUGUGGGAAGGCUCUGGGCGCAGGGCUGUGCUUCCCGGAGCAGCUUCUAGCCUGAUUUCAGGCCAAGCCACUCGGUCCCUGGUGCCCGGGAAGGCGCCGGCCUCGCCUUCUGUCUCUCGCCUGCUAUGCCUCUGGCCUGCUGUGCGGCUGCAGGGAGGGAGCAGCUCUGCGGCCCGAUCUCUGUCACCUCAGCUCUCUGGGCCGCGGCUUCCCCGUGAGAAAUGAAGCGCGCUUGUUGGAGGGGCGGCCCCCAGGGGUCGCGGUUGCUGCCCACAGAAUUCCGCCCCAGAAACACAACCCAGCGGGUGCCGCGUCUCCACCCGAGGCUUCCACCUCCAACAAGCCAUGUUCCAGGCUGCAGGAGCCGCCCAGGCCACCCCCUCUCAUGAUGCCAAAGGCGGCGGCAGCAGCACGGUGCAGCGCUCCAAGUCCUUCAGCCUGCGGGCCCAGGUGAAGGAGACCUGCGCCGCCUGCCAGAAGACCGUGUACCCCAUGGAGCGGCUGGUGGCUGACAAGCUCAUUUUCCACAACUCUUGCUUCUGCUGCAAGCACUGUCACACCAAGCUCAGCCUGGGCAGCUAUGCCGCGCUGCACGGGGAGUUCUACUGCAAACCCCACUUCCAGCAGCUGUUUAAGAGCAAAGGCAACUACGACGAGGGGUUUGGCCGCAAGCAACACAAGGAGCUCUGGGCCCACAAGGAGGUGGACCCCGGCACCAAGACGGCCUGAGGCCUCUGCAACCUUCCACCCCCUCUGCGGAGGGCCUGGAGCCGGCAGGGGGAAGAUGGGAAGGAGGUGGAGCUGGGCUUGCGUGGGGGCCAGGUGGGAAGGGGAUGAGGCUUGCUCAGGCGGAGGGGCCCAGGGCAGGGCUCUGCUCCAGGAUUCCUUUCUUCCUCCUCCUCCCGCAGCCGGUGAGGGUUUGGGAACCAGGAUUGGGGUCUGCCCACCACCCUGCUUCCUGCUUCGUUCAGCCACCAUCCCCACCUUACCCCAGGACCCCCUGGGAGGCUCCCAAGCCCAGCUUCCCUAUCUAGGUGCCUUUUCUCCAGCAAGGAGUCAGCAUGCCCCGCUCAGGGUCCCAAGCUCCCUCACUGCCACCGGAGACAGUGUGGCCCCCACAUCUCCCCAUCUACCUCUAUCCUUAACCUGGUUCUGAGCCACGGAGACAGGGAGGAAGGAGCGCCACAGUGCCACCUGUUGGGCCUCAUAAAUGCCCCUGCAGCCCAUGGGGGAGGGGAUGGGGAAGUGGAGCCACCCUGCCUCUGCAGGGCAAGGCAGGGCCUGCCCCAGUGGGGCUUGGGACCAUCUCGAACCACCAGCGUGGAGAAGCAGAAGCAAAAGCACUCACCAGGCUGCAGCCUCAGGCACUGGCAGGGGCUGGUGCGGCCCCACUCCCCUCCCCUACUCCCGUUUCUGCCCAUCCUGACUGUUGUGACCAACCCCGUUUUAAACAUGUUUCAAUAGAUGCAGAUUCUCUAU